AUGGCCUGGGUGAUGUGCUUCCGAGCUAUGCGCGCGAGUGCAUGCAUGGGCAAUGACCUAGGCAGCUACAUGCGAGCAUGUACGAGUGUUGAUGAGCGAUGUCGGGCGAUGUCGAUGAGCGUGGCUCGCGCGGUUGGCUGGCGCUCGGCUCAAGCUCGCUGGAAACAAGAAAAGCGCCUCCCCUGUCAUCUCACCGCAUCUCACUCGACACAACCUAUUCCUCCUCUCUCCCUUCGCCGUCGGCAGGCAUUACCUAAAAUUCGUACACAGGCUCGCUCAAAAUUCAAAGUAAGUCCAGCCAUGGAACCCGAAAUAAUUCCACCGAAAAAGCCCAUUUUCGACCCUCUGAAGGCCCAUGAAAUCACAGAAGGCAAACAGGCCGAGUUCCGGAAGGUUCCGGUCCCAUCCCACCGCCUCAAACCCCUCAAGGACGCCUGGGAUAUAAUCUACGACAAAGUCUACAAUGUCAUGAAUGUGGACAUCCGCAUGAAUCUGAAAGCCCGUCGUGUAGAGCUGAAAAACAAGCGCGAAACUCCCGAUAUCGGCCACCUUCAGAGAUGCGCGGAUUUCGUCCAUGCCUUUGUUCUCGGUUUUGAUGUACCUGACGCGAAGCUUAUGCUGAGUUACGAUGAGUUGUACAUUGACUCUUUUGAGAUAAGAGAUGUGAAGAGGCUAAGUGGUGAGCACCUGUCGCGUGCGGUGGGCAGGCUUUCGGGAAAAUCGGGUAAGACAAAGUUUGCAAUCGAGAAUGCCACUAAGACUCGGAUUGUGAUUGCUGAUAAGCGGAUUCAUGUGAUGGGACCUUUUGCCCGUAUUAAGAUUGCGAGGAGUUGUCUUUGUAGUCUGAUCAUGGGUUCGCCUGCAGCUAGGGUUUACUCCAAGCUGCGUCUUGUUGCCUCAAGGCUCGACAGCAUGGCAUGAGAUUGUGGUAAUUAUUAUUAUUAUUAUUAUUA